UCGUGGUAAAAAUGUUUUUACAGUAAGAAAAAGUGCACAUGUGUUUAAUUCCUUUCAAGUUAAAAUACAUUAACUUAAUCAUCAUAUUAUUACAAUUGUAAAUAACAAUUAACUAUUAAUAUAUGUAGUUUAUAAUUUGUGCUGUAAGAUUUUAACUGAAAAACUAUCUAGUUUUAUUUUAUUAUUGUAAUUUUUUUUUUUUUGAGAAUUUCAAAUUGUCAAUUUGCUAUAGAAUAAGUUUUAGAAAUGAACAGAAGACCUCAGUCCUACAACUACAAACCACAUUCAACCUCUUCAAAACCAACAGGUCCUAGUUGUGUUAUAUGUUUUAAACCACAAUCAAUAUAUUCAAUUGGUGCUUGCGAUCAUCCAGUGUGCUAUGAAUGUUCAACUACAAUGAGAGUUUUGUGUGAUCAAAAAGAGUGUCCAAUAUGUAGACGAAUUAUGACCAAGGUAAUUUUUACCAAGAAAAUUGAAUUAUUCCAAGAUCUUGAAAAUCGUCAAUAUCCUCGCUACAAUAAAAAAUUUGGCAUUGCAUUUGAUGAUCAUUCUAUUGAAAAUUCAUUUGAACAACUAUUACGUUGUUACUGUAAAAAAUGUUAUGAUCGUCCUAAUUUUGAAGUCUUUGAGCAAUUGACAACACAUAUGGAGAGGAAUCAUCGUUUAUAUGCUUGUCGUCUUUGUGUUAAACACUUAAAGAUAUUCCCAAGUCAGAGACGUUGGUAUAAUUAUGAUGAGUUAGCAAGGCAUGAAGAAUGUGGAGAUCCUGAUAAUACUUCUCAUCGGGGUCAUCCAGAAUGUCACUUUUGUAAUGUUCGUUAUUUAGAUAAAGAUGAACUUUAUAAACAUUUGAGAAAAGAACAUUUUUAUUGUCAUUUUUGUGAUGCUGAUGGUAUCCAAGAUUAUUAUAUGACAUAUGCUUGGCUGAGAAAACAUUAUUAUGAUAAGCAUUUUCUAUGUGAAGAGGGCAAUUGUGUAAAUGAACAAUUCACAUCAGUUUUUCGUACAGCCAUAGAUUUACAAGCUCAUAAAGCUCAAGCUCAUAGUAAAGAACUUGGAAAACACGGUUCUAAAGAAGCCCGUACUCUAAAAAUUGAAUUCAAUUUAAGACCGAGACAUUUACCUGUUGUUGAAGCUGGACGACCAAAUCUCAAUCAGUAUCCACCUUUGUCAGAUUUUCCUAUGAACCACAAUCCUCCACCUGAACGUGUUAUAAAUGUUCGAAAUACAUCAGACUUUCCAUCUCUCAAUGGCCAAACUACUACUGUUUUACCUUGCGCUAGAACAAGAAAACAAAAUCAACAUGUUAACACUCGAGAUCUUAAUUCAUUUCCCGCUCUUGGACAAGAAUCUGCUCUUCCUCCAAAACCUGUUCAAUCUGCCAAUAAUAUACGCAUGGCAGCAAUAUUAAAAAAACCUCCUGAAUUGCCUAAACAAGAAAAAAACAAAGAAAAUUCUGGGCCAUCAAUUAGGUUACCUAAUCAAGCUAAAGAUUUCCCAUCUUUAGAUGGAAAUCAAAGUCAAGCAAAAGUUAAAGAAGUAAACAAUUCAAAUAGUUGGGUUUCUAAAGCAAAAAUUACUAAUGAAGAACAAGAAGCCCUGAAAAAAUCUAAGAAAGAAGCUCCUAUAAAGAAAAAAAUUGCUGAAGCUCCUAAAGUACCUGGGCCAUCUGAUUUUCCAAAUUUAAACAAAAAAUUAGAACCUACCAAGAGUAAUUUAGCAAAGUUAGGAAAUAAAAAAAAAACAGAGGUCAUUAAAAAAUCCAAUAAUACAGUAGAUAAUACACUAAAUACACAAAAGAAAGUUAUUCAGACUGAUAGUUUCUCUCAAAAAGAAAAUUUGUCCCAAAAAAAUGAUAAAGUAAAAUCAAAAGAUGCUCAUUCAAAUGGUGAUAUUCAAAGUAAAAUAGCAAAAAAUGAAGUUAAUCCUGGACGUUCAAAUAAAAUAGAUACAAAAAAAGAAUUGAACAAAAAAUCUGUGAAAGAAAACCAAUCCUCACCUGUUAAACCAGAUAAGUUAGCUAAUGUAGCUUCUAAUCAAAAAGAGAAGAAAAAGCGAAAAAAAAAUGACAAUAAACAUUUAACUCCCGAAUAUGAAAAUUCUAAUGUAGAAGUUUCCUCAACACCUAAGGUACCACCAGGUUUUGAAAAUGCUCAACAAAUUAGAGUACCACCUGGUUUAAGUAGUAGAUCACAAAUUAAAGCACCUCCCGGUCUAACUUUAAAUAAAUCCUAUGACUAUAUUCUUCCACCUAAUUCAACUAUACGAAAUAAAGUCUUAAUAAAUAACUUAGUUGCAGCACUUAUACCUCGGGAUGAUCAAUUUGAUACAUUUGAAAAAUUCAAAGAAAUGUCUACUUUAUUUAGAAAAAAUGUCAUUACUGCUUAUGAUUUUUAUUCAUAUUGUGUAGAAGCAAUUUGCCGUAUCAAUUUUGAAACUGUUUUUUUGGAACUUGUUUUGUUAUUGCCAGAUAUACAAAAACAACAGGAAUUACUAUUUAUUUACAAUAGAAACGGUGGUGAAAAAUUAAAUGUUGAACUAUGUAAAGUAUGCCGACAAGUACUGAAACCUUCAGAUUUAGAUCACCAUUUAUCUUUGCAUAAUAUUUAAAAUUAAUAUACUUAUUGUUGGUUAACUUCAAACACAAAUUUAUUAUUACACUUAAUUUUUUUAGUUGUAUCUGUAAUUUUUUAGAUAAGUAUAAAUUAAAAAAAUUAACGUGUUAAUAGAAAUUCUAUUUUUUAUAAUUAAAACUGUGUUAAUUUAUUACAGUAAAAUGUUAAAUCAAGCUCAAUUGUGUUACAUAUAUUUUCUUUUGUUUAGAAAAUCAGUA